GAAGCGACGCCGGAGAGGAAAUGUCAGCAGCGCCGGGCCCCGCGGCACGGAAGGAGCCGGGUGGAGCUGCGUGCGCGGCGAUUUAAGGCCUCGCUCGGGGGAGAGGCGGCAGCGAGCAUGGAAGGCGGCCGGGCCGUGCGAGGGAGUGCCUGCUGAGCGCGUUCUAAUCAGCCUUCUUAUGUGAGCUCUGCUGUGUGUCUGGAGUGAACCUUCAAUAAUGAGUGGUGCAGCGUUGGGCCUUGAGAUUGUGUUUGUCUUUUUUCUGGCCUUAUUCCUACUUCAUCGAUAUGGAGACUUCAGGAAACAGCAUAGGCUGGUGAUCAUUGCAACAUUACUGGCUUGGUAUCUCUGCUUUCUAAUUGUAUUUAUACUGCCUUUGGAUGUCAGUACGACAAUUUAUAAUCGAUGCAAGCUUGCUGUUAACUCCAGCCCUGCAGAAACCAAUGGCUCUUUUGUUACUCUUGCUCCAAGCAAGCAAAAAUGUUUCAAACCAUGGAGUUACAUCCCUAAUGGAAUUAUGCCAAUUUUCUGGCGUGUUGUAUACUGGACAUCACAAUUUUUAACAUGGAUUCUGCUACCUUUCAUGCAGUCGUAUGCUAGGUCAGGAGGGUUCUCCAUUACUGGAAAGAUUAAAACUGCACUGAUUGAAAAUGCAAUAUAUUAUGGCACUUAUCUGCUAAUUUUUGGAGCAUUUUUAAUAUAUGUUGCUGUAAACCCAAAGUUCAAUUUACAAUGGAAUCAACUUCAGACUAUUGGGAUAGCUGCUGCAAACACAUGGGGUCUCUUUCUUCUUGUGUUGCUGUUGGGCUAUGGUCUGGUGGAAAUUCCCCGUUCUCACUGGAAUGGGGCUAAGAGGGGUUAUCUUCUCAUGAAGACCUAUUUCAAAGCUGCCAAACUGAUGACUGAAAAAGCAGAUGCAGAGGAGAAUUUGGAGGAUAUUAUGGAGGAAGUUCGUAAAGUAAGUGAGAGUAUCAAGUAUAAUCACCCUUUGAGAAAAUGUGUUGACACAAUACUGAAAAAGUGUCCUACUGAGUACCAGGAAAGAAUGGGUAGGAACAUGGAUGAUUAUGAGGAUUUUGAUGAAAGACAGAACAGUUAUCCAAGUGAAAAAAGUUUGGUCAAACUUCACAAGCAGGUGAUUUAUUCGGUACAAAGGCAUCGUCGUACGCAGGUCCAGUGGCAAAUUCUUCUAGAACAAGCCUUUUACCUGGAAGAUGUGGCAAAAAAUGAGACUAGCGCAACUCGACAGUUUGUUCAUACUUUUCAGUCCCAGGAACCAGAGAAUAAAAUUAUUCAGUAUUUCUACACACCAACAAUUGAGUGGUACUGGGAGUGUCUUCUACGACCAUGGUUUUACAGGGUUCUUGCAGUUGUUUUGGCCACAUUCUCUGUAAUUGUCGUGUGGUCGGAAUGCACGUUUUUCAGCACAAGGCCGGUUUUAUCACUAUUUGCAGUAUUCAUACAGCUCGCAGAAAAGACAUACAAUUAUAUAUACAUAGAGAUGGCCUGUUUUCUUACCAUCUUUUUCCUCAGUAUCUGUGUUUACUCCACUGUCUUCAGAAUCCGCGUAUUUAACUAUUACUACUUAGCUUCACAUCAUCAAACAGAUGCAUACAGUCUCCUUUUCAGUGGCAUGUUAUUUUGCCGUCUCACUCCACCAUUAUGCUUGAAUUUUUUGGGCUUGACCCAUAUGGAUGCAACAAUCUCUCACAGAGAUGCUCAGCCAACUGCUUACACAUCAAUAAUGGGAUCAAUGAAAGUGCUGUCCUUCAUUGCAGAUGGAUUCUACAUAUAUUACCCAAUGCUUGUUGUCAUUCUCUGCAUUGCCACAUACUUUAGUUUAGGAACUCGUUGCUUGAAUCUUUUGGGUUUCCAGCAGUUCAUGGGGGACAGUGAAAUGACCUCUGAUUUGAUUGAUGAAGGAAAAGAGUUAAUCCGAAGAGAGAAAAGAAAACGGCAAAGGCAGGAAGAAGGUGAAAACAGAAGAAGGGAAUGGAAAGAACGGUAUGGAAAUAGAGAGGAUUCCACUAGAAACAGGGUUGUCCACACAGAGCAAAAAGAAUCCAGCUUCUCAGAGGCCAAUACUAAUAGACCACUGUCAAAGUACACUCGAACAAAUGGUAGGACUGAAAGAGAUAGAAUAGAACUUCUUCAGGAUGCAGAACCUUUGGAUUUUAAUGCAGACUCAAUUAGUGAUGACCCUCUUGAAUCGGACUCUGGAAGGUACCAGCCUGGUGGAAGAUAUCUGUCAAUGUCUCGAAGCAGAAUAUUUGAGGAUGUCUAAUCUAAAUCUAAAGAAAAAUCAUUGGCAAUCUAUUUCCUAUUCGCUGCUUGGAAAACAUUGUAUUUAUGGUUAUUGCUGAACCAGAAAAGAUCAUUUUUGUUUUAUUAAAAAAAUGAAGAAACAGCUAUAUUUUGGAAAUGUAUCUGUAUGGUAACUCUACCAGUUACAACAAGAAUAUUCUUCUUCUAUUUUAGAUGUUAUUGUGCAUCCAUAUGAGUUUUUAUAAUGACCAAAAGGAGAGAACUAGUAAUUAAAUUACUAGAGAUUAAUUUCAUAAAAAAGGCUCAACUUGAAUUACAAUAUUAAGCUUCAGAAUGAACAUUUUCUGGAAGGGUUUUUUUUUUUGUAUGGAAAAAGAUGCUAUGAGAAAAUCUUGAUGCAUCCAAAGUGCAGUUAUAUUGAUUACAAUAGUGGACACUUACUAAAUUUUCUAUCUAAACAUUUAUGACUAGUCCAAAAUUUACAGAUUUAAAUUAGUCUUCUUUUGGCUUCAGUAGUCUUUAGAUCAGACCCUAAAUAAGCAGAAGGACUGAAUGGCAGUCUGUUUUCACAAAUCUUGCUGGCAUUAGUUUUAGAACUAAUGAAAUUUAGAAUAUGUAUUUGUCAAGAAAGGUGAUAUUUUCUUUUCCAGUGUUCAAGGCCAGGCUGGAUGGGGCCCUGGGCAAGUGAGUUGCAGCUGUGCCUGGGCAGUGUGUUGGAUUGUCCUUACGGUCCAACCCAAGCAAUUCUAGAUUGUGUGUGUGACUAGAUGAAUAUGGAUGAAGGUUUCACUGUCGUAUGAAUGUAUGUGCAAUAGCAAGGAAAUGUUAUCAAAGGCAUGAUGUUUGCUUAAGAUUUUUACAGUUCUAACUGUUGAAAAAUAUUGGCAGACUAAUGUUUUGGGUUCUUUUUUUUAAAAGCAUAAAAGAAAUCUAAUGUGAAUAAUGAGUUAAAUUUGGAAAAAAAUUAUUUGCAUAGAUUUCAGACACAGCUUAAAAUUUUUGAGUGUUUCUUUAGAAGAAGGGAAAUACAUAGCACAACUAGAUAAUGAUGAACACUUUUAAUAUCCCACAUGUCCUGUUUGCAUUAUGUAUCAGUUCUUAAGGUGCCUGUAUUUUGCAGUAAAUUGUUGCAAAAAGAUUAAAUGCAUAUUCAUUUAAAUGCCAUUCAAAAAUGCCAAUUAUUAACUAUGUAGAAAUGCUUCUAUUUAAUUUAAUUGGUGUAGAUGCAUUUUAACUGUAGUUUGUCAAAUGAACUUUCAAGUGUAAUCAUAAGGUAAAAGAUGUGAUCAUACUCAUGAUAUCUUGGGAAAUACGAUUAACUUAAAAUGCUGCUUUAUGGGAAUUUGUCAUAUAUUCUUGCACUUGGGAGUUUUCUUUUUACUUAUUUCUAAAUGAUGAUGAAAAUGGAAAGAGAACAUGCUUCCGUCAUUAAUUUUUUAUCAUGCUUAAAAAGAUAAGCAUCCAUUAAAGCACCUGAGACUGAGAUAGUCUGAAAAGUAAACUUUCAUGAACUACAUGUUCUACUAAUUUUUAGAAGUAGUCUUUUUCUGAAGUAACUGUUAAUGGGGAUCUAACUCUACCUCCUGCAAUUUAGUACAUUGUAUGUUCUAACAGUAGUGGUAUUUAUAAUAUAUUGAUCUUAUAUUAUUAAUUUGAUCUGCCUGUUUUAAAAUACUAUAUUUCUGUUAUGAAGGAGGAAAAAUGCUUGUGUAGAAAUGAUUAUGUAAAUAAAAGGGCAGACAUAAAGUAACCCUCACUUAUGAGGUGAAUACACUGAAUUACAGCCAUGCUCAAAUGUACCCAAGUUCAUGUAAUUUCUAUGUUGCAUGUAAGAGGACACAUUUUAGUUUGAGUAUUUUAUGUCUUAUAAAAGCUUGAUCAGCAUGAUACAGCAUGGCUGUAUCAGGGAAUGAAAGUCAAGAAAAUAGGAUAGUUGUUUCUGGAUGCAGACUGUUCUAUAGCAACUUUGUGAUGUUACAUAUUUAAUUUUUAUUAGAUAAUCUUAGAAAUGCUAUUAUUAGUCCAGCCUGAUCUGAAAGAGGUUGUAUAUGUUUUUUGGACAUCCAUCAACAAUUAACAUUUCUAGACUUUAUAUUUCUAUUUUUAUAGCUUAUAUGUCAUUUAAUUGCCCAAAAGUUUAUUUGUAAUUUGUAUUUGUAAAAAUACAUGGAUGAAAUAAGGUGUAAGUUCUUUAUUUAACUCUUGAAAUGUCACUACAAAGGGAUCUAAUUCAGUGCUAAUGGAAAAAUCAUGAAAGGAAUGUUUAUUUUUCAGAGCUCUUGUGAAGUACUCCUAUCUAGCUGCUGUUGACUUCAGAGUAUUGAAUCAGCCUUCUCAGGGCAUGAUUUUUCUGCAUUCAUAGACACAUAGAAUCAUAGAAUUGCUCAGGUUGGAAAAGACCUUAAAAGAUCAUCAAGUCC